AUUGAGAAGGUAUGGGCUUUAGAGAAAGACUACGGCAGCAUAACACCAGGAAAUAAUUCUCCAUUCCCGGUCGAUUACUUCACCUCUGCAACCCAGGCUUCCACAUCGAUAACAAAUAAUGACAGGGGUUGAUUAGCUAACUUCAUGAGGGUGGGCGGGGUGGGGGGAGAACAGUUAUUUCAAGUACUGCUGCUGCCCUAUACCUUGUGAAACGGUUGAAUUUCUAUGCAUUCAUGUUGAAGUGGGUUGUUUGAUUCUUUAAUAAGAUCUGCC